UCCGAUGGCGAAGACGAAGAGAAACCGAAGUCAAAGGGCCCGAAGAAGGGUCGCAAAGGUAAAGCAGAUCCGGACGCUGAAGACUCAGCCGCUGGUGAAUCACCAAAAGGGAAGGCCAGCAAAAAGGGCCGCAAACCUAAGCCGAGUGACGCGGACGGAGACAGCGGUGGAGAGUCACCGGCGAAACGGAAAAAGGGCGGCAAAACGGGUGGCCGUAAACCCAAAGACGGCGAUCCGGAGGGCACUACUGAAGCCGCGGCUGAAUCGGCACCGAAACCCUCUGCGCGUAAAAACUCGCCGCCCGUUAAUGUCAACGAACAGCCAAUCGGCGACGAGAUUAGAGAACCGGAGGGCGAUCUCAACGACUUGGGAGCGCUCAUACCGUCCGGCGAUUCGCCGAACAAGUUUGCGAAGAUUAUCGACGACGACGUGUGUCACGUGAUUAUCAGAAUGGGAAAGAUGUAUUGGGACGGGAAGUGCAAACCCGUUAGGGAGGACCCCAACAAAUACCCGCCCAAAAUUGUGGGCGCCGUCAAGACUCGGGCCGGACAGUGGUAUUACUUCGAUAGGGAUGGCAAGUACUGCACCCGAAAGGAUAGGGAAACCACUGAUUGUAACGAUUGGAAAGACAACAAAGAGGUGUUUGGGUGCGACGCCGAUCAAUCGGAAACCAUGGAAGCGCUUUGCGACAAACCCAAAAUCAAAGCCGCGGGCAAUCACUGGCCACUGAUAUUGGUAUUCAGGGGUCAAAAAUAUUGGGUGUUUGACAAUAAGGAACAGCCGGGCAAACCAUUUGGCAAACUAAUAACCGGCGCUUUGCCCGCCCGCGACAAGUGGCCGGGCGUUCACCUACCGGGCGGCCAAUCGCACCACAAGCAGGCGAUGGUAAUGGUGUACCGGAACAAGUGGUCGCGUUGGAUGCCGGGUAAGGACCAGACCGAGGGUGACGUCUUUGACGAACCCAUUCUGGAUAAGGGCGACGACGACGACGAAGACGGCGAUGUGGGCAACGCGGGAGCGCUGAUCAAUGUGGACAUUGCCGGCGCCCGAUACGCCAAGAUUAAAGGCGAUCAGGUGUGCAAUCUUCAGAUCACAUACAACCAGAGCGUAUGGAUUGGCGAUUGUCGGCCGGCGCUGACCGAUGCCGAACAGUUCCCGCCGUUCAUUGUGGCCGCCAUUAAGGGAAGAGAUCGUAACUGGUAUUACUUCGACGAAAAGGGAAAGUACUGUAAACGCGCCGAAGGGACCAGAGAUAAGUGCACGGACUGGAAAGACAACGGCGAAGUGUUCGGCUGUAACGCUAAGAAACUGAAGCCCGAGUUGGACGCCCUGUGCGAUAACGUGACCAUCAGUUCGGGUGGCAAUUAUCCGCCGUUUGUGUAUAUAUUUCGGGGCCGGAAGUACUGGAAGUUUGACGGCCAUCACCCGAAAGCGGGCAAACCGUUGGGCGAUCUCAUCAAAGGCAACCGUCCGGCCAAAGAGGAGUUCGACGGCAUCCAUAUGCCGGGCGGCGCCUCCUUCAACAAGAACGCCUUCGUUGUGGUCUAUAAGAACACGUGGAGUCAGUGGAAGCCAAAGGGGGCCGACAUUGGUCUGCAUAAGAAGAUGCGCCGCAACGACAACGAGAUCAAUAACGCGCCGAUAGGGACGGCAACGAUGGAGAUAUUGGGAGAGCCGGACGAUCAGCCCGACGGCGAACCCGCAGAUAAGGGCGCUCUGAUCGCCACCAACGAGAAAAAGGGCCGAUACGCUGUGAUUAGAGGCAAACAGAUCUGCUAUUACCUGAUGACCGACGCCAAGCUCUCGUCGGUCGGCAAGUGUCAGCCCGUUUCCGACGAUAAGAACAAUUACCCGUCGAAUACAAUCGCUGUGCUCAGGGAUAGGGACCGGAACUGGUAUUUCUUUGACAGCAGAGGGAAGUACUGUAAACGAAAGGCCGGAAACAAAGACAAUUGCUCCAAAUGGGUGUCCAAUGAGGAAGUGUUUGGGUGUCGUGUGAAGAGCAAAGUGUCGUUCGUGCAGAGCCUCUGUGGUAACGUUAAGAUCAGCGCCGGCACCAACUUUUCGCCCUUCGUGUACGUGUUUAGAGGCGGGAAGUACUGGAAGUUCAACAAUAGGCCCAAAAAGAACAAACCGUUCGGCGAUAUCGUUGACGGCGGGAAACUGGCCGCAGAGAAGUGGCCAGACAUUCAUUUCCCCGGCGGCGCCGGCUAUCGUAAGUCGGCGUUCGUAAUGGUCUAUCGGGACAAGUGGUCGCUGUGGCGAAAGACGUCGACCGAAGUGUUGGACGCGACGAUCGGUGUGUCCGGCGAUGGAAACUCCAACGACGACGAGAACGAUGUGAUGGUCAGGAGCUCUGCCGACGGCGACUUUGACGACGCUUUGGUGGCCGACGGGGAGGGAGACUACGAUCUGAUGCGCGAAGAGAUGGACCCCAGCUAUGAACACGCCUUAACUGUGGCCGAGGGUUAG